AUGAUUUUAUUGUACUUAUCUACGUUAUUAUGUCUAUGUGAAUCCUACAAAAUACUUGUUAUAAAUCCCAAAUUCGGCUAUAGUCAUAUGAACUUUAUGGGUAAAAUAGCUGACGUGCUCGUUGAUGCUGGUCAUGAAGUGGUCACAUUCCAGCCGAUAAUUGAAACGAUGUUUGCUGCAAACGGUACCACCAAAUCUCGUUUGAUACAAGUUGGUCCAUUUGAUGAGUUCAAAAAGAGGUCACUUUUUGACGAGGAAACUCACAUGAAACCGAUUUGGACAGUCAGUGCGUCUAACCCGAUUGGAGUGGUCUUGGUGAGCUCAAACUCAUAUUUUUCUUCUCAUUAA